AUGAUUGAUGAUCAAGACCUGGGCUUCUUUGCCAACUUUCUUGGUAUUUUCAUAUUUGUCUUGGUGAUUGCUUACCACUACGUGACAGCAGACCCAAAAUAUGAGGGCAACUGAUGACCAUUCUCACCAUACCAAUGCAUAGGUUUACGAGAGUAAGAUUGUCACGUGACGGUUAGGUUUUGGACAAGGAAUUCAUGAAUAUGGAGAUACAUGUGAUGCAGUACUUUUUGUAAGAAUUUAGCCUUACUGUUAAUCCAUGGAUAAUUUUUUAAAAUAGACUUCUCAAGAAGAGCUUCAUA